CACACUUGCUCUCUUGUUGCAGAGAGGGAACUCCGGACUGUCAUUGCUGGAAUCUCACAUUUUUGCAUUUCAUUGAGGCUGUAGCGGGUCCCAGAGAAGGAGGUUGACUGUGUGGAGGCGAGAGAGAGAUGACUGAUGGCUGCAAUGAAGGAGGACGAGAUCACCAACUGGGAUGACAGUGCAGAGUCAUAGUUCAUUCAUGUGGGCCUACUAGAGGACGUGUCCUACUCCAAAAGGUGGGCUGAGGAACCAUGCGCUGCUCCACAUUGGUGAUGAUCCUGGCUGCUGUGCUGCUGUACCUGGUGAUGGGGGCACUGGUGUUUGGCUGGCUGGAAGCCUCCCGGGAGGAAUGGGCUUACGGGCAGCUGCUCAACUCUCGCCUCGCCUUCCUGAACAACCACACUUGUGUUCAAGAAAACAGUCUCAGUGAAUUCACUCAGAAAGUGGUUGAUGCAAUCGAGGCUGGUGUGGAUGCUAGAAGCACAGCCAAUUUCACCAGCAGGUGGGAUCUAUCCAAUGCCUUCUUCUUCUGUGGGACCAUCCUCACCACAAUUGGUUUUGGGAAUCUUUCCCCAAAGACAGAAGGAGGGCAGUUAUUUUGUAUAUUCUACGCUCUGGUGGGGAUUCCCAUGUUUGGAAUUCUCUUAGCUGGUGUGGGGGAUCACCUGGGCAACAUGCUCAGGAGGGCAGUAGCAAAGAUAGAGGACCUGUUCCUGCAGAAGGGCGUGAGCCACACCAGCAUACGGGUCAUAUCUGCUGUAUUCUCCAUUCUGAUUGGUUGUUUGAUCUUCAUCGCCUUGCCAACCGUUGUGUUUCAAGAAGUGGAAAAGUGGACUCUUCUUGAGGCAGGAUACUUUGUUGUAAUCACACUGACAACUGUUGGCUUUGGUGACUAUGUAGCAGAUAACCGGAGAGAAGGCAUCCCAAUGUACAAGCCUCUGGUGUGGCUGUGGAUUGUGUUCGGCUUGGCCUACUUCGCUUCUAUCCUCACAAUGAUAGGCAACUGGCUCAGGGUGCUCUCCAAGAAAACCAGGGCAGAGAUGGAAGAGCUGAGAGCCCAUGCCACUGACUGGACCCAGAACAUCCAGAACAUGUCUAUGGACUUCCGCAUCCCAGUCCCUCUGGACUUGAAUGACCCCUUUCAGCUCCAGCGCAGACGCAGGAAGAGGUGCCACCGUGGGGCCCAUCAUCGGCACCCCAGGCCGCCAGUGGACGGGCUUCCUCAUGCUGUCUCUCUGGAGGCAGAGGCCAUCAGGGAAAAUGGGCAUUUGUUUGUGAGCUGGCCGGGUUCCCGAUAUAACACUGGAUCCGAUACUCGAUUAUAUACAAGCUACGGGAUAAGAUCGGGAUCAAGGCUAACAUCAGGACACGGAUCAAAGGUUGUCUCACGAGCUGAGCUGGGGCUUCAGUCUAAGCCUGCAUCAAGGUCUGCAUCCAGAUCAGUUUCAGAAUCAGAUUCCAGAUCUGAGACACCGUCGGAAUCCUGGUCUGAAUCAGAUUGGAAUUCGCAGGAAUCUGGGUCGGGGACGGAAGCUGGGGGCAAUCUGGCAAGCGAGGGGGACGUGCCAUCUGACUUGGUGGAGAGCUGUUCACAUCUUCCGCUUCCGUCUUCCUCAUGCCCCUCUUCUCCCCCAUGCCCUUCUCUCCUGGACUUCUUUGGUGAGAACCUGGCAUACAUUGACGAGUCCUCAGAUACUCUGAGUGACCGCAUCAAACCAGCUGGGACUGGACUAAACCGACCACGCAAGCCAAAGCGGAGAAGCAUGAGGAGGCAGCUUCCUUACACAGGUCCUCUUGGACUAUACACAGAGUACAGCAAUGAACUUCAACCUCCAUCAUAUCCCCCAACACCUCCUCCACUUAAAGACUGAUUCCAGAUCAGUAGCCACUCUUUCCAGGAAUUGUGGCACUUGAGUUUAUAAACCCCCAUCUGACCAUAACCUCAAAACACAGAGUGGGCAGCCAUAAAUUAAUACUAAUCAGGUAACAAAGAACCAGUGUGUUAACAAACAAAUAUGUGACUCUUUGACUUACCGCAUAGUGGUGAUCUGAAAAUGAUGUUAACAAUUAUUGUUAAAUAAUCUUUACACUGACAUGUCUGAUGCCAUAAAUACAGUGCAGCAUUGCAUAAUUCUAUGGAGAGAUUAAAACUCUACUAAAUGUAUACAUAUGAAAAUAUAUACAUAUUGUUUACAAUUAACUUUCAAAUAUGUCAGCUGCCUUGCCAUGAUCAUGGAUAUCUGAAAAACUCAUGCUCACAUAAUCAAGACCUGUAAGAUCCUGACACCAUCUGGCUCAUUGAAGUUUAGUUUAAAAAGUCUACACAGUUACUGAAAUAUGAUGUGCCAUAUAUACACUCCACAACAUGUUACUAAAAAUAACUGCAGUUUUGUCUACACCUUUAAGUUUCUUGUGAAGAUAUUAUUUAUAAUUCCUGAUGAUUUUUGUGAUAUAGUAUCUUUUAAUGACUCUGGGUGUUUGUUUGAGAAUAUAUUAUUAUUAUUAUUAGUUGGUUUUCUAAUCUGUACUUCAACAAAUUUAUUUUAAAGCAGUUCAUGACAAGGAUGUUUUUACUCUGAACCCUGUAUGAAAAAAAUGUCUCCCUCAUGUGGCUGGAUGACGAGGUUAAUUGGACAGUUCUCAAAUGUGUCCAGAUUUGUCAGACAUCUUAAUAUUACACCUGGGUAAUGAUCAUUUAGUAUUUCAGUUUGGAACUUGAUUGAACCCGUAAAUCUGCUGGAUAUGUUUAUUCUUUAGCUGGAGGACUGCCUUGCAAAUUAAACACACACCUACC